CAGAGCCGGAAGACCUUCUCCCUCGCGGUGCCGAGUGGAUCCUGGCUGUGGAGUGGGGAGGGGAGGUCUGGGACGGCCCCGGCGACUUCUAGGCGUCUCGUCCGCCACCUGUCCUUGGCGCCAUGGGUGUGAUAGGUAUACAGCUGGUUGUUACCAUGGUGAUGGCCAGUGUCAUGCAGAAGAUUAUACCUCACUAUUCUCUUGCUCGAUGGCUACUCUGUAAUGGCAGUUUGAGAUGGUAUCAACAUCCUACAGAAGAAGAAUUAAGAAUUCUUGCAGGAAAGCAGCAAAAAGGGAAAAGCAGAAAAGAUAGGAAAUAUAAUGGUCACAUUGAAAGUAAGCCACUAACCAUUCCAAAGGAUAUUGAUCUCCAUCUAGAAACAAAGUCAGUUACAGAAGUGGAUACUUUAGCAUUGCAUUACUUUCCAGAAUACCAAUGGCUGGUGGAUUUCACAGUGGCUGCUACAGUUGUGUAUCUAGUAACUGAAGUCUACUAUAGUUUUAUGAAGCCCACACAGGAAAUGAAUAUCAGCUUAGUCUGGUGCCUGCUUGUUUUGUCUUUUGCAAUCAAAGUUCUAUUUUCAUUAACUACACACUAUUUUAAAGUAGAAGAUGGUGGUGAAAGAUCAGUCUGUGUUACAUUUGGAUUUUUUUUCUUUGUGAAAGCAAUGGCAGUCUUGAUUGUAACAGAAAACUAUCUGGAAUUUGGACUCGAAACAGGUUUUACAAAUUUUUCAGACAGUGCGAUGCAGUUUCUUGAAAAGCAAGGUUUAGAAUCUCAGGGUCCUGUUUCAAAACUUACUUUCAAAUUUUUCCUGGCUAUUUUCUGUUCACUCAUUGGGGCUUUUUUGACAUUUCCUGGAUUACGGCUGGCUCAAAUGCAUCUGGAUGCCCUGAAUUUGGCAACAGAAAAAAUUACACAAACAUUACUUCAUAUCAACUUCUUGGCACCUUUAUUUAUGGUUCUGCUCUGGGUAAAACCAAUCACCAAAGACUACAUUAUGAGCCCACCAUUGGGUAAAGAAAGUGUCCCUUUAAUGACAGAAGCUACAUUUGAUACUCUGCGACUCUGGUUAAUAAUCCUGCUGUGUGCUUUGCGGUUGGCCAUGAUGCGUAGUCACCUGCAAGCUUACUUAAACUUAGCCCAGAAAUGUGUGGAUCAGAUGAAGAAAGAAGCAGGGCGAAUAAGCACAGUUGAGCUUCAGAAAAUGGUCGCUCGAGUCUUUUAUUACCUUUGUGUCAUUGCACUGCAGUAUGUGGCUCCUCUGGUCAUGCUGCUUCACACAACCCUGCUUUUGAAAACUCUAGGUAAUCAUUCCUGGGGGAUUUAUCCAGAAUCUAUCUCUACCUUGCCAGUGGAUAAUAGUUUACCGUCCAAUUCUGUUUACUCUGGAUUACCAUCUGCUGAUGGGAAGAUGAAGGUAACUGUUACACAAAUAACAGUGGCACUGAGCAGCUUAAAAAACGUUUUCACUCCUCUGCUUUUUCGAGGACUUCUGUCUUUUCUGACCUGGUGGAUUGCUGCUUGUCUCUUUUCUACAAGCCUUUUUGGGCUUUUCUAUCACCAGUAUCUCACUGUGGCGUGAAUCUCAGUUAACAAAAAAGGAUAUCGAAGUUACACUUUGAAUUCAGAUAUUCGUACCCUUGAAGGGCUGAUGAAAACCAGAAGAGAAAGCAAAUACAAAGGAAAAAAACCAUAUCAGAAUAUCUUCUUUUAAAUACUUCCUCUGUAUUCUCAGGGUGGAUUAAUGGUAUUAAUAUUUAAAAUUAUAGAAUAGAUUGUUAACUGCUAUACUGUGGCAUUGGAAUUUUAACUCCUUGUAUUGAUGGAUGUGAGAGGGCUCCUACAAGUGUAAUACUUUUGAUGGCCUUGGUUUACAGAAACUGCCAUCAGUCUUUGAAACUUCUCGUAUGACUCCAGUUAUUGAUUGGUUGCUCUUAAUGGUAUUAAGGUACUGUUAAUAUUCGUAGUGGCUGCCUAUAGAAUGAUCUUCAAACUGAGCCAUGCUUUAGGGGAGGGAAAGGAGCUGAAGUCACUUCUGUUGGUAUAUACCAGUCACUCUUCAAACAGCAACAAUGGCAAAAUCCAACAGAAAGAAAAAAAUAGCUGCUGUAUAUUACAGUAAGGAAAGCUGCAUAGUAAUUUUAAAUUUAAUGAAGAUGUACAUGCUUAAUAUCUACAAAUAUUGCUGCUUGAGAGUAGCAAGAAUAUGGUUUUAAAAUGCAUUCUGUCUAACUUGAGGGAUCUUUUAAAAUGGUUGGCUACAUGAACGUUUGCAGUUUUGUCAUUAGGUUUGGACCUCCCAUAUUUUAUUUUAUAGUUCUUUUGAAUAGUGCAAAGAUAUUUAUCAACAUUGAUCAGACUUUUAAAAAAUUACUUUGUAAUCCUACUGACUACCUGUAUGUAUUGUAAUAUAUAUUAUAUAUUAUAUAUUAAAUAUAUAAUAUAUUGAGAUUAUAAAAGAUGAAAAUAUUGGAUUCUUAUAAUAUUUUAAGUUGCUGAAUGUAUGUUAAAAUGUGAUUGAAUGAGAUGUGUUUGUAUCUAGAAAUUUUCUUUCUUUCUGGAAUAAGAUUAAAAUACAUUUGAAAAUUCA